AUGGAUACAUUGGGCUUCCCUACAAAGUUUACUGGCUGGAUACUUGAAUGUGUCAAGACUGUCAAUUAUACUGUAUUGAUAAAUGGGGAAACUACUGUUCCAUUUGAUGCUGCUAAAGGACUUAGACAAGAAGAUCCUAUCUCCCCUUUCCUAUUUGCAAUUGUCAAAGAGUACCUCAGUAGAAGCUUAAAUGGACUGAAAGGAAUCAACGAAUUCAAAUAUCAUCCAAAGUCUGUUAAACUGGGCAUCACACAUUUAAGCUUUGUUGAUGACUUACUUUUGAUUGCAAAAGGAGACUUACCAUCAGUUGCUGCCAUGCAUAGAUGCUUCAGUCAUUUCUCACAAUCUUCAGGACUCCAAGCCAACUUGGGAAAAAGCUCUGUGUACUUUGGAGGGAUCUCUCCACCUGAGAGAACUAGAAUUCUACAACACUUGGGGAGGGUACAGUUAGUGCAAAGUGUGGUAUUUGGCAUCCAAGAUGACUGGGCUCAACUGCUUCCAUUUCCUGUCAAGGUGCUGAAGCUUAUUGAUGCUUAUUGUAGGAGCUACAUUUGGUCUGCAGCCAAUAAUAUUACUAAGAAGGCCCUGGUAUCAUGGGAGAAUAUUUGUUCUCAUAAGUCUAGUGGAGGCCCGAAUCUAGUGAAUAUUCAAUUGUGGAACAAAGUAUUGCCAAAGCAGAUCUUUAAUGCUCGAGUAACUAUGAACCAGGUGCAAAGGAAUAACUCUGGGACUAGUUUAACUAAGCACAUAUACUUACAGUUACUGGGAGAUAGGCCUCAUGUGAAUUGGAAAUGUUUAAUGUUUCAGAACAAUACAAGGCCUAAAGCACAAUUUACCAUGUGGAUGUUAUUACAUGGCAGGCUUCUCAUUACAGAUAGGCUUCGACAAUGGGGAAUGGCUGUGGAGACACAAUGUGCACUAUGUCAUGAUCGUGAUGAAAGUAGGGAACAUCUGUUUGUAAACUGUGUUUUUACCAAGACCUUAUGGAGAAGAUCAUGCACUGGAUGCAGCACGGAUAAAGGACAACAAAUACUAGGGAGCAACACCUGCAGUGGGUACUUCAGAAUGCUAAAGGAAACUCCCAAAGAGCCAAACUAUAUCGGAUGGUUUAUGCAGAAAUAUCGUAUGCCAUUUGGAUUGAGAGGAAUCUGA